AUGAGACUGACUCACCAUCUCGUGGUGGCACUUGCCAUCCUGCCAGGGUCGCUGGCUAUCGACUCGAAGAAGUCGGCCAUCGUCUCGUUCGACGAUGGCACUCCUAAGUCGGUCAUCGAGGAGGCCAAGAACUCCAUCCUCAGAGCCGGUGGCAAGAUCACACACGAGUACUCCCUCAUCAAGGGGUUCGCCGUCAUCGCACCCGAGAAAGCGCUGCAAUCGAUGCAGGGCCAAUCUUCUGAGCACGGCAUGCGGGUUGAGGAUGAUGGGUCAGCUACCACCCAGUAA